CAUCCUCGUGCCAUGUCUCUGAGGCCCCUCGCCAUCCGACGCUGUGCUUUUCCGCACGGGCUCCAGAGGCGCUCCCUGCAAGAGCUUUCCAGAGUCUCUCCUUCGAGGCUUUCGCCCGUCGAGAGGCGGCCUUUGCAACCUCUUCCUCUUGUCUCAUUGCUACGCUCUCUUUUGGUCCUUUCUUUCGCUGCCCUUCCCAGUCGUCUUCUCAGCUUCACCGUCUCCACUCUGCAACGCCAUGCCGACAAGAUCGACACUUCAAGGCUAGCCAGGUACCUCGUAAAACGAACUUUCUACGCACAGUACUGCUUAGGAGAAUCUGCUGCCGAGGUUUCAAGCACCAUUGCUGAGCUCCGUCAUUUCGGCAUCACCGGAGUCGUCCUCGCCCAAGCCAAGGAAGCCAACACAAACGCUGUCAAGGCAGAGCAGCAUGCUGUCGUCACCGAUAGCCAGUUGCAGGAAUGGUUGCGUCUGAAUCUAGAAACUGUACGAAUUGCAGAGCCCGGUGACUGCAUAGCCGUAAAAUACAGUGGCGCUGGCCAGAACUCCAUCAAGUUGAUGAAGUCGAUGAGCCCUGACCAGAAUCUCGAAGACUACCCGGAACUCAAGCCAUUGAGGGAUGCUGGCUCUCAGAUCUGUGAUGCGGCGAAAGCAAAGGGAGUCCGGGUCUUGAUUGACGCCGAACAACAAGCAAUUCUCAACGGUAUUGACAGCCUGGCCAUGGAACUCAUGACAUCUUUCAACAAUGGCUCGGAGGUUGUAGUGUACAAGACUUACCAGAUGUAUCUCAAAUCGACGCCGUCUAAGCUUUUGCAAGAUCUUGAGAUCUCUCGGAAACAAGGAUACAUCGCCGGCGUCAAGCUUGUCCGUGGUGCCUACAUGCACUUCGAAGUGGAUCGGUCGACCAUCCACGAUACCAAGCAGGACACCGACGCGGCCUAUGAUGCGGCAGUGACCCAUCUUCUCACAGGAAAGAGUUCUCUCAACAGCACCAACGCCGCUCCACAGUGGGUUGCCGACGUGAUGCUGGCAUCUCACAACACGCAGUCCAUCAUGGAGGCAUUAGAGCUAUGGCGACAGAGGCCCAGCAGAUCUGACAAGUCGGCCAAGGGAGCACGGCACCUGUCGGUCGCACAGCUGUUGGGCAUGGCGGAUGAGCUUUCGAUGCAGCUGGCUGGCCACAAUCUGUCUUCGUCGGAAGAUCAGGUCAGCGUGUAUAAGUAUGGGACGUGGGGUGAUCCGAAGGACUGUCUUUUGUACAUGCUGCGUCGGGCGGAGGAAAACAAGGAUUCAUUGGCGCGGAGUCGUCAAAGCCAAAGGGCUAUAUUGCAGGAGCUGAAGUGCAGAAUGGUUGGGUAGUUUUUGUACAUACUUGGUUUUUCAAAGUUAGCAAUUACGUUGUAAAGAACAAAUGAAGAUAUCAUGAAGGU